AGUAAUUCAAUAAUCUGAAUUUACUAACUCGACCUCAAUGAUUAAUUUUAGCCUUAGACUUUAGACUAGAUCAUAGGCCUAAUACACUGUUAGAUCUAUGACUUGUAGCUAAAUUUUCACAUAAAAAGAAAAUAGAAUCUAGAACUGAAAGUUUUGCAGUUGCAGUCAAUUCAUCAGAUAUGAGUCCAGUAAACUUAGAUCUAGAUGCUGUAAAUGUUUCUGAGCUGAAAACAAAUAAUCAAAUAGAUGAAAUAAAUUCUAAGAUUUCUCAUCCAAGGAUUAAAGAAACAUUAACAGAUUUACAAAAGCUUAUUUGUGACCUUGACCAGGAUGCUAAAAAAUGUUUAUUAAAGUCAUUAAUAACUAUUGGUGAAUCUGCAAAAGAAGACUUAAUAACCAUGGGAAAAGCAGUUAAAGAGGAUGUACAUUUAUAUGAUAAAACCUGUGUCUGUGAUGCUAAGAAGGUUUUCAGGCCAGUGGAAUUUCCUAAAAAAAAUAAUUUUAAGAUUUCAUUAAAGAGUCUGAAGCAGGAUCAAUCAGAAGAUGAAUUUAAAGCCUUACUGACCAGUUGUUCUGAUGCUCUGGAGAGACUUGAAGAACAUUUAAAAGAAUUGAAUGAAAGAUAUGCUCACUAUGCAAAAACAAGAGAGAAUGAAAUACUUACUUUAUAUAAUUCCUCAUACGAAAUGGAAGUGGACAUUUGGAGUGCAAAUAAUGAUUUGGAAGUUAAGCUACAGGAACAAUGUCAGUCUUUGACUAAAGCUUCAACAGACCUCCUGAAGAAUUGUUUGCCUAAUAUGAUGAGCAAGUGGAGACGCUAUGAAUCUCUAGCACAUGUAGGACAUAUUCCUUCUCAUGACAGAGAAGUUUACAUAGAGAAAUUAGACAAACUAUUUACUCGGGUCUUCCAACUUGCUUUGAUUCAACCAACAGAAGUAGAAAGCAGUGUUGUUGCUGAAAAACUGGCUUCUGUUUCAUCAACUAUUGAAAACUUUAAUACACACCUUUCAGCUCUCAAGUCUGCAAUCAUUGAGAUAGCUUGGUACUAUGAGGUGCAACCUUCCCCAUGUAUUAAAGUUAAUACAUCCAAAAACUCUGAGGACAUCAUUCUCAAACUUCGUCCGUUAGGCAUAGCUUUAAAUGAGAUCAAGUCACAGGAAAUCGUUUAUUUUGCUGAGAAAAAUAGCAAGAAACAUGUCAAAUGUCAAAUCAAGAAAAUAAAAGAAGCUGGCAACACCAUCAUAGUGACAGUUCAAUUGUCCAACUUUGAAAGACAUACCAAAAGAUCUGCUAAUGCUGAUUUUGAUCACUUUAAUAGAAUCCAAUGGGAACUGCAGCUUAAAGGUUCCAAUGCACCUACAAUAAAGUGUCUAUCGUUACCAUUCACUGUACGUUCAGGCAGCACACAGUUGUGGUACUACAUAGGAGCAGUUCACUGGUACUGUUGGGUGCAAACAGAUUUGUACCAGCCACGAUUCCAUUGCUCCACAACAAUGCCCCUUGAAGUCUUCAUCUCCAUGUUGCAGGAAAGAUUUUAUACUAUCACUUCACAACAUUUCACUGAAGAAAAUGUUCAAUUUUUCCAAAGUUUAUUAAGACAAGCGUUCCCAAAUAUGAAAGAUGAUGUACAAAUGAAAGACAUCUUACAAGAAAAAAUGCACAACACAAGAAACAAUUCCUCUCAUAGAAAUAAUUUUUCAACUUACACUUGGUUUAUUGCUGCUUGUUAUACACUGGCAAUGUUUCAAGAAGAUCUGAAACUAGGAGUUUUGUCAAGUUUUUUAAGCUAUGAUCAAUGUGAGGGUAUGCUAAUGAAUCAACCAGCUGGCAGCACUAUAGUUAGAAUUUCUCGAAACACAGUCAAAAAUGAGCAGUCUGAGCGUCCAUUGGCUAGCAUUACUGCACACAUUGCAACAGGUCAUAAACAGACUACCGCUCCACAUGUGGAAGACCCUGUCAACAUAGAUAACCUUUACACUUUUUUGUCGCAUCUGAAAGUGGCAGUGAAUCAUCAGACUGUCAGCGUUCUUUGCCUGCUCCCUUCUGGUCUAACGAUGGAUAAAUAUAAAAGCUAUUCAAAAGUGAAGCAGCAAAAUGGGGAGGAUAAUCCUAAUGGUUAUGGCAAAAAAGCAUUUGUGACACCAGGAGACAUAAUUAUACUUGGAGACGAAAUGCAGCCCUUGAGUCAAAUGCUGGAAGAAAAAGUUUCACUUAAUCAAGUUAAUCCAGAAUCAGAAGAUGUCCAACCUUGUACAAAAUCAAUAAAAUUAGAUAACAAACAAAAUAGUAAAAUGGAUCAAAUUCUUUCCAUGAAUUCGCCUCAGUCAUUUCAACCAGCUAUACAAAGUUCAACAAGUCAGCCAAAUUUUGCACAGUCUCUUAGUUUGCUACCACUACAGAACAACUCUAAUAGAAUUUAUCUGGAUACUAAUGAGGGCCCUGACUUACCACUGAAUGCUGAUUUUAUUGAAAUGUGGGCUAGGCAGCAGCUAACCAAUGAGAGCCCGGACUUAUUAGCCUCACAGCUAGGUUCACUGAAUGUUAACAAUAACAUGCUAUCUUCACAGCAGCAAUGCCAAGAGAAUCCUAACUCAUCACAAGAUUAUGUUAAUGUGCCAACAUUACUCUCACCAACUACUGCAAAUUCUUCUUUAUUCACUGAAAAUUCAUUAGAAACAUUAGACAACGAUCCAUUUAAUAUAUUAGAUGACCAAACAGAAGACCUUACAGAUUUUUUUUUCAGCUGUCAGAACAUGAACAAAUAGAGAUUAUUUCUAAUUCGUCAAAGGAUGAUAGAUAAAGAGUUUUUUCUUAUUUCUUUUGCUAAUGUUGUUCAUCAUCAUUGUUCAUCAAAUGUAUAAAGAACUAGCAUUACACACACCAGCUACACCCAUUGAGUUGUUAAUUUGGCCGUGGACCACCCCUAACCCUUUUUUUUCUUAUUAGAGUCAAAGUAUAAAGGUCCACGUGUAAACAUUCCUCCAUACAUUCCUUUGGCCAGAGAAUUCUAGUAUAUUUUAUGUUGAAUUGAACUAGACUAUAAAUUCAAGUAGCACUUCACUCUCUUCAAUCUCUCUGCCUUAAUAAAUAGUCUUAUUUAAUUUACCCUGACUAUUCUUCUGCUUUUCAGCUCUUAAUAAGAAAAUAAUAAAAGAACAGGUUUGUAACUAUUGUAAUAUACUCAUAAACCGAUGCUUAUGGUGCGCAUCAGUGCAAUAUUAAUGAUACAAUACAGCAGAAAUCAGGGACUUACUAUUUGCUGACAACUGUGCCUGCUCUGAAAAUGAUCUGCAGAGCAUGGUCAGUGACUUCUCAAGAGCAUGCUUAGACUUUAGCCUUACCAUUAACACAAAAAAGACUGAAGUCUUUAUUUGCCUGCUCCAGGGAAAGCCUACUCGGAUCCAAGCAUCAAGAUAAAUGGGCAUGAUAUAAACGCAGUGGUCAGAUUCACAUAUCUAUCUUGGCAGCACACUCUCCAGAAACAGAAAGAUCGAUAAUGAAAUCGACCUGCGUAUCGCCUUGCCCAGUGCAUCGUAUGACAGACUGUCUAAAAACAUCUGGAACAGACGAGGUACCACUACAAACACAAAGCUAGGGAUCUGUCGAGCUGUCAUCCUCCCUACAUUGCUCUAUGCCUCAGAAACAUGGAACAGUGUACAGAAAACAUGCAAAGAAACUGAACCACUUCCACAUGACAUGUCUAAGAAAAAUACUGAAUGUCAAAUGGCAAGACAAAAUACCAGAUACUGAAGUCCUUCGAAGAGUGGAUCUGCAAAGCAUCACACAAUCCUGAUACAGUCCCAGCUGCAAUGGGCAGGACACGUCUUCAGAAUGGAAGACCUCCGCAUCCCUAAACGACUACGCGAAGGAAAGCGCUUGAAAGGUGGUCAUAGAAAGGUGUAAGGGACACCCUCAAAGCUUCUAUGAAGGCGUUCAGCAUAGACCCAGCCACCUGGGAGACAAGAGGCACAUGACAGCGCAUGAUGGUGUCGCGCUGUGAAAACUGGCGCACAGGUUGCUGAGGAAAAGAGAACAACGCUGGCAGAAGAAAAACGCCAGAGAAGAAAAGCAAGGCCAAUAGCACUAGCUCCAGCUGGAAUAACCUGCCCAGUGUGCAGCCUAACAUUCUGGGCUCACAUAGGUCUCACCAGCCACAUGAAGAGCCCUCAGCCCCCUGGAUGACAAAGUGGUCAUCAUCGAACCAUGAUGGACGAACUAUAAUGAUUCAAUAAGAUUUCUUUCUUUUCUUCAGAACUAUGUCUGAUCAUACAAACUCCACCUUAUUGCCAAAGAUACUUCAUUGAAGUAAAGAAACCCUGUAAUAAAACACUUGUAUUUAUCAACUUGGAAUCAUUAACAUAUUGAACGUACACUACAAAUUCACAAUAUAAUGGAAUUAACACUGGGAAAUUCACAAAAUUAGACAUAUUAAACUUAUUUGAAACAUCAACAACCCCAGUUGUCUUCCCUGUUUGUUAUACUGUUCGUAAUCUUUGUUUCUCUCAUGAACUAACUAGAAAUUGAUUUUCCGCACUAUGGAAAUUCCAAUGUCUAUUAAGAGCAAGUUAUGUAUUUGCUUGAAGGAAAUUAGACAUAAACAAUAUAUUUAUGUUUUUCAAAGCUUUUAGUUGCAACAUUAUGUAUAUCUACUCCACGCCUAUGAACCUAAGCUGCUUUGUUUUUCAAAUUGUAGCCAGAUAAAAUACUCAGCUGACUAUCAAUGCUUUUGUUGCUUUUUAAAAAAUGAGCCUCUUUUAUGAAUGUUUGUGUUUCAAAAAUGUUUUUAAAAUGUUUAUUCUUCUUUUACAAAGCAAGUUAGUAAAUAAUGUUCCAUGCCAUAUACAGUGAGUGAAUCUGUGGUACGAAUGUAUAUAUAUAUAUUUUUUUUAUUAUAAUGUUUUUUUAUGUGUAAUGCACAAUUAUAAAAACUAAAUUCCUCAGGGAUAUGUUAUUGUUUUUUUUUUUGUUAUUAUAAAAUGUUUAUUUUUUUUUUUUAAUGUUUUACAUGUUUCAGAUUUUUAAAAGUAAUUAUACAUCCUAUCCCAAAUAUCCUGCAGGAUGACAGUUGUUAGCAAUUGGCAGGGUUCUAACCCUGGAUCAUAGAGACAUAGUACACAGCAUGUACCACACGGUUGCCAUCCUGGCAUUAUGAUACAAUUACUUUGCUACUAGACAUACACAACACUUUUCCUAAAUAUUGAUUUCAUAAAACCUCUAAGCUAACUACUUUGGGAGAAAAACCCAUAACAGCUGAGACAUCUUAGAAGUAUAAAUCAGUUUUAUAUUGUAAAAAAAUAUAUUUCUACAAUAUAAAAUAUUUAAAACAAUCAUCAUCAUCAGUCCUUUGUGUUCCUCAUGGAAUAUAGGGCUUCAGUAAAAACAAGCCACUUUCCAAUGGUCUCUUGCUAUUAUUUUUAGUGGCUUCCCAGCUCUUUCCUGUCCUCUGGGCUUCACUGCGUCGCCACGUUCUACAUCUUGUGCCCUGGGGUUCCAAUCUAAGGUCUGUUUAGCUGUCGUUGGCAUCUUUCUGUUUUCUUUAUUAUAGCUAAAGAGUACCAUAGACAGUAAAAAAAAAAAUGACCUAAUCUUUGGAAGAAAAGUGAACCAAGAAAAAUGCCUUAUUUCUCUUAUCAUCAAAGCUGAAUGCCUCUCCAGAAGAGCACUCUACAGUCACUUGAUAAGGUGCUCUAUAAGAUGAACCAUUGUCAUUCUACAACUGAAGGAGGUAAAAAAAAAAUGUAUAUUGAAAUCUAGCUCGUAUUGUUUAUAUGUAUAUUUUUAAAUACCUUUAUUUUAAGUUGCGUUUCCUAGUAAUUUUUGUUGAUUUUCAACUAUUGUAAGAACCAGUAUUCUUGAUUGUUGCUUAACUUGUUUAUGAUUUGAAUUAUGUUCCUAUCAUUGCUGCUAUCAUUAGUGUUGUAUUCUCUUUUUGGAAAUGAAAAGUAUGAAGCAUUAGUGCUGUGAUAUAGUUAGUCUUUCAUGUCAUUAACAGACUAAAAAACUAAAGGGCUUUUGAAAAUCACAUUUCAAUGAAGUCUGUAGUGUGCUAAAAAUAGGUGCAACUGUUACUUUUUGGUCUUCUGAAAAUGGCCCCUUUUUAAAAAAAAAUAAAUGAUAUCUAUAUGAUUUUAAAAAUCAUUUGUUAAACGUGAUAGUCUUCUAUAGUUUUAUAGAUGUAAUUUGAAAGAAUAGAAAAAUAUUUUUAAAAUAAUUUUUCUUUACUAAUAUAAAAUUGUUUACGGAAUACAAUAAAUUUUUUGUAUAUAAAGUU